GCAAACCUUUUGCUAAUUGUGUCAGCUGGUUUCCACUCACAUGACUGGUAUUUGGGGGUUGAGUCGAGACCCCUCGAUGUUUGUUUUAGUUCACAGCUAUUGUAUUACGUUUCACCAAUAAAUAGCCUAUGUUAUUUAUUGCAAGUCUCGCUUUGCUAAGUAGCUUCCUCUUUGCUUUUGCUUUUAGCCCUGCGUUAGAUUAGCAUUAGCAUUUACCAGUUUAUACCUUACCUUCAGGACAGCUUGUUAAACUGACGGGCUUCUCCAAAGAAAGAAAACGGAAUAGUUCAACACUUAACAAACAUUCGGCUGAGCGAACACUAAUGGACAAGAUUGUCAAAGAUGUGGGGGACAUCCAGUCCCGACUUUUGGACCACAGACCCAUCAUCAAUGCAGAAGUCCGCUAUUUUAUCAGAGAGUUUGAGGAAAAACGAGGCUACAGGGAGAGCCGACUGCUGGAGAACAUCAGCAAAAUGGUCCAGGAGACAAAUGAACAAAUGCAGCCCCCAAAUUUAGAGGACACGAGCCGACAGUUGUCUGACGUCAUCAAGCGGUUAGAGGCUGCCAAUCAUAUGGCGGAGAGGGUCCAGCAGAGGGAGCAAGAGGCACAACAGGGUACACAGCUGCAGUCCAACCUGGAGAAGCUGAAAGAUGACUGGGCAGAGUUUCUGAAAGAGCAGCAAAGAUUAAAGGAAGAGGCGGAUGACGAGCAUGCCAAAGCUGUGGGAGAACUUAGCACCCGGUUCAGUGAAAAGAAGAAGGACAUGGCCCAGUAUUCAUUCAUCUGAUUGGCCAGCGUUUAUGAAGGGCACAACAACGCACUCUUAUCACGUGAACACUUUGUUACAGGUGUGGAUGUCUGCUCUGUAAACGCAGCUUUUCUCUGGCUUCGCUUGACCAGAAAGGAGCACUUUGGGGCAGCGUUUCCUGCCUCAGUUCAAAUUUUCCAAGUCAUACAUAUGAAAUUGUGAUUAACAAUGUGGCAUUUUCACAGGCCAUCAAACUCAGCCUUUUCUGGCAUUUGCACACAGACUAUGCACAGCAUGAAAGAAGUCUGGAACAUGUCAUUUUUUUAAAACAAGCAAUCUUUUGAUUGUUCCUUGGCUGUGAAGUGUUCAACAGUUCAAGAUUUUUAAUGGAUCCCUGCCUGAGGGGUUUGUAUGAUAAAUUAACAUCUUGUUGAAAGAAACUCUGAAUUUUGGCACCAAGGUGCGAUAUUCCAAGCGCUGAAAGCGGGAUUGUUAAAUAUUGGAAAAGCUCCUCCGAGCAGGUGUGUUUAAAGUUCAGGUCAAGUGAAUGCAAACAGAACCCUCCAAAAAAAAAAAGAAAAAUCCCUCUGCAGUUUUCCUGUGUUUGAAGCAUUUGACCUCUGACCCUGACUUCAAGUAAAACAGCAUGUAAACUUUGUCUGUAAAGUCAUGAAAGGCCUAAAACAGUUUGAGUUCACGGUGGUAAAAUGUGUUUGUUUUGCCACAUUUUUUUGUGAAUAUGUCACAGGGUAAAUGUAUAUUUAUUUAUCAGGAUAUAAAUAAAGUGCAUUUGUACACAUAGAUAAAGAGAGAGGGAGCUAAAAUUAAAAUUACAAGUGCAAUACAAGAGUUGAAAUUGGAUUGAUUGCUGUAGUCUGCCCUCCACAAUAUUUGUCCCUUGAGGUUUCGAGUUGGUGAAAUCCUAUUUUGAGCAACACUGGAGAAACUGAUCCCCUUCAAAACUAUAGCAGAUGGCCUCCUCAGUUCCAAAGCCUACACAGAGGGUUGUCAAAAGAGAUGAUGCAACACUGUUACAAAUAUAACCGCUUCCAAGACUUUUGUUGAGACGCUGCUUAUUCAUUGCUAUUACCUCUUUAUGGGAAACGGGGUGAAAUGUUACAAUGAGCAGUACGUGCUUCCUCAGCCACCCCUCAAAUCGCUGAAUUGAGCGCUGGAGGAGAAGGGGAAGUGAGACAAUGAUCUGUGUCGGUCUUCUCCCUGACACUGGUGCGCGCACACGCAGCACUUUUAAUGAAGUGUUUUCUUUUCCUCGCACAACGGCAUCCUUCUGGACAGGUUAAUGGAUGGGUGGGCACGCGGGGCACAUUCCUGGCACGGCCGGGAGCAGA